UCUUUCGCAAGUCAUGUGCACCCUGCCAAUCGAAGGCUGCAGCUUGGCUAUAAUUGGUUGCAGUGGGAACUGGCUGCAUUGUCUCCACCAGCCACUGGUCUAGAGUUGGGCUGUGCAUAAAACCCACUUCAAUCACACGGGAGAAUUGUCGAAGAUGCCUAACCAAAGUUUUCCGGUCGCCAAAACAGCUUUUCCAACACGACUGUUGCAGCAGUACGCAAAUUUACUGAGGCUGUACCCAGUCAUCACCAAGUCUGUGACAAGUGGCAUAUUGUCAGCCUUUGGCAACCUAUUGUCACAAGGCCUGGAGGCAAGAAAAAAGUCCAAAGAAGGUGUUCCAGUCAGGGUCCUAAAUCGUGGUGGACUAUUUCAUUAUGCUCUUUAUGGAUUGUGUGUGACUGGUCCUGUGAGCCACUACUAUUACCAGCUGGUAGAGUUACUGUUGCCUGCCUCUGUGCCAUUCUGCAUGAUUAAGAGACUCCUAUUGGACCGGCUCAUCUUUGCUCCAGCUUUCCUGUUGCUUUUCUUCUCUGUAAUGACAAUUUUGGAGGGCAAGACAAGACAGGACCUGAAGGAUAAAAUGACAAAGACUUAUUGGCCUGCACUGAAGAUGAACUGGUGGAUAUGGACUCCAUUCCAGUUUCUUAACAUCAACUUUGUACCUGUGCAGUUUCGAGUACUCUUUGCCAAUAUGGUAGCGUUUUUUUGGUAUGCAUAUUUGGCAUCUGUCAGAAAGUGAGCAAGUUUUCCAACUGUACUUCCUUCUCCUUACACCACUCUGCCCUUGGAACUGCUUCUUCAGUGCCAUGUUUUUUCUUCUGAAGACAAUUUGAGUCUUGAAACUGAUCUAUUACUGUGUGGCUCUGUCUGAUAAGAUUGUAACUUGAAUGGUAUCUGUACUUUGUCAGAAAAUCUGCAUAGAUUGUAAAUUGCAGUAAAUUGCAUACAUUUCUACAACAUAACACUAACAGCUUGCAUACAUGCAUACGUGUAUGGCUAUGUUGUCCAAAGUGAAAAUAGUCUACCUUGUGAUUGCGAAUUGACUUCUCAAAAGUAUGUAAUUGUUGUGAUUUCAGUAAAUGUCUUUUGUCA